AUGACGUCACUACACGGUACAUAAUUCUUUUCCGGCGCACAUGUUUGAUUGGCUCACGUGGCUGCAGUAGGACUUUCGGCGGAUAUGGAGCCUUUGGACAGGGUGGUAAAGCCCAAAACUAAGAGGGCCAAAAGGUUUCUUGAGAAGAGAGAGCCCAAGCUCACAGAAAAUACAAAGAAUGCUAUGCUAAUAAAAGGUGGAAAUGCAAGCUCAACGGUAACUGAAGUACUCAAAGACAUUUAUGCUCUGAAAAAGCCUUUUGCUGUACUAUAUAAAAAAAAAAAUAUCACAAGACCUUUUGAGAAUCAAACCUCAUUGGAAUUUUUUUCCAAGAAAUCUGACUGUUCUUUAUUCCUGUUUGGAUCACAUAACAAGAAGAGGCCUAAUAAUCUGAUAAUAGGUCGCAUGUAUGAUUAUCAAGUUCUGGAUAUGGUUGAACUGGGUAUUGAGAAGUUUGUGGCUCUCAGAGAUAUCAAGAACAGCAAAUGCCCUGAAGGAACCAAACCUAUGUUGAUAUUUGCGGGUGAUGCUUUUGACAUUAGUGAAGAACACAGAAGAUUAAAAAGCCUUUUAAUUGAUUUUUUCAGAGGCCCUGUUGUGUCCAGUGUUCGCCUUGCAGGCUUAGAACAUGUUCUUCAUUUUACAGCUGUGGAUGAAAAAAUCUAUAUGAGAAGUUACAAAGUGUUGUUGAAAAAAUCUGGUUGCAAAAUACCAAGAAUUGAACUUGAAGACAUGGGACCUUCGCUAGAUUUGGUGAUGAGGAGGACCCAUUUGGCAUCAGAUGAUCUUUAUAAGUUAUCUCUAAAGCAGCCGAAAGCUCUCAAGCCAAAGAAGAAGAAAAAUAUCUCCCAUGAUGUCUUUGGUACUAAAUAUGGACGGAUCCACAUGCAGAAACAGGAUCUGAAGAAACUACAGACUAGGAAAAUGAAAGGUUUAAAGAAAAGGCCAGCUGAAAAGAAGACUGAAGAUAGAGAGAAUCAUGCAAAGAAAGCAAAGUUAGGAUGAUAGUCUGGGACUGGACUGAGCAUAAGUUGGCUGCUGUUUUCGUUUUUAACGCAUUUAAAUGCUACACACUCAUGAAAUAUAUUUUGAAUGAAUUUUCAAGCAAGCUGUACUUUGUUGUUUCUGUAAGGUUGGGGUGUUUUUAAAGGGAGGAAACGCUUAAUCAUUUUUUAGGGUUUUUUUGGACAAGUUUCUUUUGAUACUUCUGUAGUGGCUUCCAACCAUUCUAGAUGGCUUGUUCUCUUCUUCAUUCUCUUCCAGUUCUUGCUGUCAUUAAUUUUUCAUAAUACAUGUUUUUUAAUACGCACAUGUGUGCACACACACACAGUGAUCACUGGCAUGAGUUGAAAUACAUUUGUAUUGUGGCAAACUGAAAAAUAAAUAAUUGUAUUUGGAUGUUCA